AUGGGUUAUCACAAUUGGCUCACCGGCGCUCUGCUAGCCAUUGCGAAUGCAUUGAUAACAUUGUCCCUGAUCGUGUUCGCGACGGGAUUCUUCCCUUACAAGCCUUUCCUGCCAGGCCUUGCGCAAUAUGAGGAUCUCGCGUUCGGACCGCCGCCCGAGGGCCCAUUCGACAAGAUCGUUUUCAUGGUGAUCGAUGCGCUGAGAAGCGACUUUGUCUACUCGGAAGACUCUGGAUUUCGAUUCACUCAACAGCUCAUUCGCGAUGGCAAGGCCAUACCUUUCACCGCAAACGCUAGGUCGCCAACUGUCACGAUGCCCAAACUUAAGUCUAUCACGACUGGCUCGGUCCCUUCCUUUGUAGAUCUCAUCCUCAACAUCGAUGAAGGGGACAAGUCUUCAAGCUUGGCUGCGCAGGACACCUGGCUCGCUCAGCUCAAGUCCAAGGAUAUUGGAAAACUCGUCAUGUAUGGUGAUGAUACAUGGCUGAAACUGUUUCCGGAUACCUUUGACAGAGCCGAUGGCACAUCAAGUUUCUUCGUUGCGGACUUUACAGAGGUCGACCACAACGUGACCCGCAACAUCCCAGCUGAGCUCGACAAUGAUGACUGGGGGUUGAUGGUGCUUCAUUAUCUCGGCCUUGACCACAUUGGCCACAAGUCUGGUCCGAGAAGCGUCAACAUGGUCCCAAAACAGAGGGAAAUGGACGGCAUCAUUCGAGACAUCUACGGGGCAAUGGAAACAGAGGAUCAUCUGAAGUCAACGCUCUUUGUGGUGUGCGGAGAUCACGGAAUGAAUGACGCUGGCAACCACGGCGCCUCUUCACCUGGCGAGACGUCGCCUGCACUUCUGUUCAUGUCGCCCCGAAUGGAAAGUCUGGGCAUGAGCCAUGCCUCGCCGACUGAGCCCCAUGUCGAGUUUGCAUACUACGGAGAAGUUGAGCAGUCGGACAUAGCUCCCACCAUCGCUGGUCUGAUGGGGGUCCCUGUCUCCAAAAACAAUCUUGGAGCUUUCAUUCCGGAAUUCCUACCCUUUUGGUCCAGCCCUGAAGAUCAUGUCCAGAUCCUCAUGCGCAACGCAAGACAAAUCCUGCAGAUUGUGACAGCGACCUUUGGCACCGAACUCUUCGACACGCACAGCACGAUAGACCCUUGUGCGCUGGAAGGAACAACUGUCAACGCGCUGGCCUGCGAAUGGCGACGGCUCGAUGCACAAGCGGCCAUGGUAGCCAAGGGCGAACUUGCAAGCCUCCCAUGGGUGUCUUCCACUAUUGCGUGGCUACGAGAAGCUCAGGGUUUGAUGAGUAGCAUGGCCUCAAACUACAACAUGCUUAGGCUCUAUCUUGGCACAGGGCUGGCACUCACCGCAGCGUGUAUCACGCUGUCAGCAGUAUACUUCACCCCUGAACAGCCGUGCAAGGCUGGUCCUCUGUCGAUGCUACUGGUGACUGUGCCGUAUGGUCUCAUGAUGUUUGCCAGUAGUUUCGUGGAGGAGGAACACCACUUCUGGUACUGGGCAUCGACACUGUGGCUGGCUUACCUUGGCUCACGAGAGAUCAGGAGAUCACAUCAGACCUGGUCGUUCGUGUGGCCAGUUGCAGGACUCACCACUCUACGCCUGCUGCGCGCCUGGAACCAGACAGGCCAGAAAUUCGCAGGCGCCCCAGAUAUUGUCAAGACCUUCAUCGUCCCCCAGCCCAUGCUGCUCUGGGUACCAGUGAUAGCGAUGUAUAGUAUCACGGCCAUGGGCAUUUUCAAAAACUUGGACGUCCUGCCACCUUUUUCGCGAGCUACCUUUGCUGUUGCCACCAUGUUCUCCGCCCUCGCCUUUAAACUUAGGUUCACAGCUGAGGAUGCUCCUGAGCUGGACAUAGGCAUGGCAAAUCUAGUACGGUCCAUCUAUGAAGCAUCCUUGCCAGCCAACGCACGUUUCACUUUCGCCCUUCUCGGGGUCGGCGCACUGCUUGGCGUGUAUCAGAGCCUCGUGGGCAACCCGAGAGGUGCCAGAUACUCAGCUCAGUUGUUUCACUCGCUCUAUGCCAUGUUGGCCAUGACGCAGUCGCGAGCCACGAACAUCCCGAUUUUGCUACUUUCGGCCUUCCUCCUGCAGCAUCUUCAGUCGCUGCACAUGUCGGGACAUCACAUCACGAUCACAUGCCUCCUGCUCCAGUUCGUCACAUUCUUUGCCUAUGGCGGGACCAACGCUGUCUCUUCCGUUGAUUUGUCGAGCGCCUACAACGGCAUUGACGGUUUCAACGUUGGGGCCGUUGGUGUGCUCACGUUUUUGAGCAACUGGGCAGGUCCUGUGUUUUGGACUACCGGGACCAACACGCUCCUGGCCGAGCGCUCUCGUCGAGGCGAGCGGGACGUUCUCCUGAAGCACAUCAUGCUCGCCACGCUGUUCACCACGAUAAGCGUGGCUUUUGUCAUGGCAGCGUGUACCGCAUUAAGGACGCACCUGUUUAUCUGGACUGUCUUUUCCCCGAAGUAUUUGUACUGUAUGGCGUGGAGCCUAGGGCAACACCUCGUCAUCAACGUUGCGUUAGGGAGUGUGCUCUUCUGGCUUGGGACAUGCAAGAGUGGUUGA